CGUGUGACCUUGAGUCUUUCUUGAAGCUGGGGACCACGGCUGUCUGAGGCGCUGCCUGAAUAUCCAUCUCCACCUCUUCGCUUUUCACUAUCCUCUCAGCAGCUGCGGCCGAAACUGGAGGGCAAAGUGUUUUCAACAGUCAUGCUUCGGAGCACGUUAUGAGCACGCCCUAGUUCCGGAAGCGGCAGUCGGGUCUAGCCGCCAUGAUAAGCGCUAGCCGAGCCGCAGCAGCCCGCCUCGUGGGUGCCGCAGCUUCCCGGGGCCCCACGGCCGCUCGCCACCAGGAUGGUUGGAAUGGCCUUAGUCAUGAGGCUUUUAGGUUUGUUUCAAGGAGAGAUUAUGCAUCAGAAGCAAUCAAGGGCGCAGUUGUUGGUAUUGAUUUGGGUACUACCAACUCCUGUGUGGCAGUUAUGGAGGGUAAACAAGCAAAGGUGCUGGAGAAUGCUGAAGGUGCCAGAACCACCCCUUCCGUUGUUGCCUUUACAGCAGAAGGUGAACGACUUGUUGGGAUGCCAGCGAAGCGACAGGCUGUCACCAACCCAAACAAUACAUUCUAUGCCACCAAGCGUCUCAUUGGCCGGCGAUACGAUGACCCUGAAGUACAGAAAGACAUUAAAAAUGUUCCCUUCAAAAUUGUUCGUGCCUCCAAUGGUGAUGCUUGGGUUGAGGCUCAUGGAAAACUGUAUUCUCCAAGUCAAAUUGGAGCAUUUGUGUUGAUGAAGAUGAAAGAAACUGCAGAAAAUUACUUGGGUCACACAGCAAAAAAUGCUGUAAUCACAGUCCCUGCUUAUUUCAAUGAUUCACAGAGGCAGGCCACUAAGGAUGCUGGCCAGAUAUCUGGACUGAAUGUGCUUCGAGUGAUUAAUGAACCCACAGCUGCUGCUCUGGCCUAUGGUUUAGACAAAUCUGAAGACAAAAUCAUUGCUGUGUAUGAUUUAGGUGGUGGCACUUUUGACAUUUCUAUCCUGGAAAUACAGAAAGGCGUGUUUGAGGUGAAAUCCACCAAUGGGGACACUUUCCUUGGUGGUGAAGACUUUGACCAGGCCUUGUUACGACACAUUGUGAAGGAGUUCAAGAGAGAGACAGGGGUUGAUUUGACCAAAGAUAAUAUGGCACUUCAGAGGGUUCGAGAAGCUGCUGAGAAGGCUAAAUGUGAACUCUCCUCAUCUGUGCAGACUGACAUCAAUUUGCCAUAUCUUACAAUGGAUGCUUCUGGACCCAAGCAUUUGAAUAUGAAGUUGACCCGGGCUCAAUUUGAGGGGAUUGUCACUGAUUUAAUCAAGAGGACCAUUGCUCCAUGUCAAAAAGCUAUGCAGGAUGCAGAAGUCAGCAAAAGUGACAUAGGAGAAGUGAUUCUUGUUGGUGGUAUGACUAGAAUGCCCAAGGUUCAGCAAACUGUGCAAGAUCUUUUUGGCCGAGCCCCAAGUAAAGCUGUUAAUCCUGAUGAAGCUGUGGCCAUUGGAGCUGCCAUUCAAGGAGGUGUAUUGGCUGGUGAUGUCACAGAUGUACUGCUCCUGGAUGUCACGCCUUUGUCUCUGGGCAUUGAGACUCUGGGAGGUGUCUUUACCAAACUUAUUAAUAGAAACACCACUAUUCCAACCAAGAAGAGUCAGGUGUUUUCUACUGCUGCUGAUGGACAGACUCAAGUGGAAAUUAAAGUGUGUCAAGGUGAGAGAGAGAUGGCUGGAGACAACAAACUUCUUGGACAGUUUACUUUGAUUGGAAUUCCCCCUGCCCCUCGUGGAGUCCCUCAGAUUGAAGUUACCUUUGAUAUUGAUGCCAAUGGGAUCGUACAUGUUUCUGCAAAAGAUAAGGGCACUGGACGUGAGCAGCAGAUUGUAAUCCAGUCCUCUGGUGGACUAAGUAAAGAUGAUAUUGAAAAUAUGGUUAAAAAUGCAGAGAAGUAUGCUGAAGAAGACCGGCGAAAGAAGGAACGAGUUGAAGCAGUUAACAUGGCAGAAGGAAUCAUUCAUGACACAGAAACCAAGAUGGAAGAAUUCAAGGACCAAUUACCUGCUGAUGAGUGCAACAAACUUAAAGAAGAGAUAUCCAAAAUGAGGGAGCUCCUGGCUCGUAAAGACAGUGAAACGGGAGAAAACAUCAGGCAGGCAGCAUCCUCCCUUCAGCAGGCAUCAUUAAAGCUCUUUGAAAUGGCAUACAAAAAGAUGGCAUCUGAGAGAGAAGGCUCUGGAAGUUCUGGCACUGGGGAACAAAAGGAAGAUCAAAAGGAGGAGAAACAGUAAUAGUACAUUGGAGCCAAAAAGACCACAUUCUAUAUGAAGCUUAGGAGUGAAGGCACUUCCUGAGCAGAAAUGGGCAACCUUCAGUCUUUACUGUAUUUUUGCAGUAUAAUUUCCUUGAUAUGUAAAUUUAGUGACCAUUAGCUGAUGAACAUUUAAUGGGCAGUACAAAGUUCACAAUGUUCUCUCCCUGGCCUGUUAAUUUUCAGCAGCAUGUGAAAGGGUUAGGGGUAGACGAUUUACUAAUCAUUAUAAAGACUUCCUGUUAGUUUGUGCUAAAGUGGCAAUAUUUUCAAGGUGUGAAACUGUAUCAAACGCAAUGAAGGAGAUGCACCAUAAUAACCUGGAAUGAGACCAUAAUGAGGAUGAAGAUCCUAGUUGGUCAAGAGCACUGCUGUAAUAGCCGAUGUGUACUCGGGGUCCUUCGGCUGAGGCCUUGCAGUGCAAGAGAGCUAGCUGUGCUACAGUUGUAAUAGGUGGGACAGAGGAAGCUGGUCAGUGGAAAACUAAGCUAUUUAUGUUAGGUAGCUUAAAAUAAGGUAGUUCUUAAAUCCCUAAUGUUCCUAAGGCAUACUUUUCUAGCUACCCUCUGGCGCAUCUGGCACCUACAUCCUUGAGAUUGUUCUUUUUGAUCCAUUCUGGAUUUUUUAAAAAAUAAAUAUGAAAAAACAUCUUGA